AGGUGCCCCGACUCAGCCCGACCACGGGAACGAGCUCUCCCUUGCACGUGGCACUGCCGGCGUCCGUGCGCCCAGCGCUCCGCGGGACAGCCCGGCGCGCUCGGCCUCUGGCGGCGCCCGCAGGGUGGCUCCGGCAGGGAUUCGGGAGGAGGAGGCGGCGGCAGGCAAGGGGCGGGCACGUCCAGACCCAGCUGAGCCGAGAUGGAAUUAGCCCCGCAGUCGAGUAAGCUUGUCCAGCUGCGAGCGCCACAGCGGGGCGGUCCGGGCUUGGCGUCCCGUGUGCCCGCGCCAUGGCCACCCCCAGGCCGCAAGAUAUCCCCCUGCUCCCUGGCUCCCCACGCCGGCUGAGUCCUCGAGCAGUGGCCAGGGGUGGCCAGGGCCUCAAACAAGGACAGCAGUACCUCAAGGGGCUGGGUCCCCGAGCCCCAGGUCCGCAGGGCAGCUCCAGCCGAGAUACCAGCCUACUUCCUGGUGAAGGGCACUCACACAGCAGCUCCGUCAUCAACAACUACCUGGACACCAAUGAGCCAGUGUCCUCGGAAGCCCCUCUGAGUCGCAUGCACUUCCAUGACAACCAAAGGAAGGUCGACUACGUGCUCGCCUACCACUACCGGAAACGCGGGGCAAACCCUGGUCACGGCUUCUCUGGCCAUUCACUGGCCAUCGUCUCCAACGGGGAGACUGGCAAGGAGCCCCAUGCCGGGGGCUCGCAGGACAUUGAGCUGGGGCGGCUGGAUGCCUUGGAGGAGGAGAAGCGGGAGCAGCGGGACGAGUUUGAGCACAACCUGAUGGAGGCUGGGCUGGAGCUCGAGAAGGACUUGGAGAGUAAAAGCCAAGGAUCCGUCUUUGUCCGGAUACACGCCCCGUGGCAGGUGCUGGCCAGAGAGGCUGAGUUCUUGAAGAUCAAAGUUCCCACCAAGAAAAUGUAUGAGAUCAAAUCAGAAGGCUGCAUUGCGAAGAAGUUCAAUGAGAUUCUGCAGAAGCUGAGCUCGCCCCUGAAGCCCAGAGUUCCAGAGCAUAGUAACAAUAGGAUGAAAAACCUCUCCUACCCAUUCUCCAGGGAGAAAAUGUACCUGUACAACAUCCAGGAUAAGGACACCUUCUUUGAUAACGCCACACGUAGCCGCAUUGUGCAUGAAAUCCUGAAGCGCACAACCUGUUCUCGAGCCAACAACACGAUGGGUAUUAACUCUCUGAUAGCAAACAAUAUCUAUGAGGCUGCAUACCCUCUGCAUGACGGUGAAUAUGACAGUCCAGGGGAUGACAUGAAUGACAGGAAGCUGCUGUAUCAAGAAUGGGCACGAUACGGAGUGUUUUAUAAGUUUCAACCUAUUGACCUCAUCAGAAAGUAUUUUGGAGAAAAAAUUGGCCUGUAUUUUGCUUGGCUGGGAUUAUAUACAUCAUUCCUCAUCCCAUCUUCUGUAAUUGGGGUGAUUGUGUUUCUUUAUGGAUGUGCAACCAUUGAAGAAGAUAUUCCCAGCAAAGAGAUGUGUGACCAGCAGAAUGCCUUCACCAUGUGUCCCCUGUGUGACAAGUCCUGUGAUUACUGGAACCUCAGCUCAGCCUGUGGUACGGCGCGGGCCAGCCACCUGUUUGACAACCCUGCCACUGUCUUCUUCUCCAUCUUCAUGGCUCUGUGGGCCACCAUGUUUCUUGAAAACUGGAAGAGAUUACAGAUGCGACUGGGCUACUUCUGGGACCUGACUGGCAUAGAAGAGGAAGAAGAACACUCUCGGCCUGAGUAUGAAACCAAAGUUCGAGAAAAAAUGCAAAAGCAGAGUGACAAGACGGUUGUUCAGAAACUGGGGACCAACAUUACUGAGAGUGAGGACGAGGAUGAUGAUGAAGAUAAGCUGAGCUGGAGAGAUCGUUUCCCAGGUUACCUGAUAAACGUCGUCUCCAUCUUGUUCAUGAUUGCCCUGACCUUCUCAAUCGUCUUUGCGGUCAUUGUGUAUCGUAUCACAGUUGCAGCUGCUCUGUCUCUCAACAAGGACACACGCUCCAAUGUCCGAGUGACAGUGACAGCAACGGCAGUCAUCAUCAACCUGGUGGUCAUCCUCAUCCUGGAUGAGAUCUAUGGUGCUGUGGCCAAGUGGCUCACCCAAAUCGAGGUUCCAAAAACAGAACAGACUUUUGAAGAACGCCUGAUACUGAAAGCUUUCUUGCUAAAGUUUGUCAAUGCCUACUCUCCCAUCUUCUAUGUGGCCUUUUUCAAGGGGAGGUUUGUGGGCAGACCUGGAAGCUACGUUUAUGUGUUCAACAAUUACCGCAUGGAAGAGUGUGCUCCCGGGGGCUGCCUCAUGGAGCUCUGCAUUCAGCUCAGCAUCAUCAUGUUGGGGAAGCAGCUGAUCCAGAACAACAUCUUUGAGAUCGGAGUCCCGAAACUAAAAAAACUAUUUAGGAAGCUGAAAGAUGAGACAGAACCUGGAGAAACAGACUCUGCCCAUUCAAAGCAUCCAGAGCAGUGGGACCGAGACUACAGCUUGGAACCAUACACUGGACUGACUCCAGAGUACAUGGAAAUGAUUGUCCAGUUUGGCUUCGUCACCCUCUUUGUGGCCUCCUUCCCUCUGGCACCUGUGUUUGCCCUCCUCAACAAUGUCAUUGAAGUGCGGCUUGAUGCAAAGAAGUUUGUCACGGAGCUGAGACGGCCAGAUGCUGUGAGAACCAAAGAUAUCGGGAUCUGGUUUGACAUUCUCUCCGGAAUCGGCAAGUUCUCUGUUAUCAGCAAUGCUUUUGUCAUUGCCAUCACCUCCGACUUUAUCCCCCGCCUUGUGUACCAGUAUGCCUAUAGUCACAACGGGACUCUGCAUGGCUUUGUCAACCACACCCUCUCCUUUUUUAACGUCAGCCAGCUGAAGGAGGGAACGCAGCCUGAAAACUCACAGUUCGACGAGGAGGUUCAGUUCUGCAGGUUUAAGGAUUACCGAGAACCACCAUGGGCCCCGAACCCAUACGAGUUUUCCAAACAGUACUGGUCUGUUCUGUCUGCCCGUCUGGCUUUUGUCAUAAUCUUCCAGAACCUUGUGAUGUUCCUGAGUGUCCUCGUGGACUGGAUGAUCCCAGAUAUUCCCACGGACAUCAGCGACCAGAUCAAAAAAGAGAAGGGCUUGUUGGUGGACUUCUUUCUGAAAGAGGAGCAUGAGAAGCUCAAGCUGACAGAUGAGCCAGCCCCCAGCAGCUGGGGAGGAGGGCAUCACAGCAGGAGGAGCCGGGCGGCCAGCUCAGCACCCUCUGGCCACAGCCAGCCCGGCAGCAUCGCGUCUUCUGGUUCUCAGCACACCAAUGUGUGAGCAGCGAGCCAGCCCACUGCCGAGGGGUGCACUGCAGCAGCGAGAGACCACGCACAAGCCCGCCUGCAUCUGCGGGGUGCAGUGUCUGCCAUCUGCCCGGAUGUGGCACGAGGGCCUCUUGAAAAGGGUGCGUGUGUGGAGAGAGAGAAUGAAUGAGCUCAGGGAGGAAGAGAAAUGAUGCUGCUUCUUAGAAACAUCAAGCUAAAGUUUCUUUUAGGUCCUCUUUUGAGCUGUAGGCUUUCAGGGAUUGGUACUGUUUUGAGUUUACCAGUGAAAGAAUUGAGCCUCUCUACUCCAGGAUUCCCAGGUACUGAAAUCAAGAAUUUUUAUGACUUUGAUUAAAUUUAGCUUUAAAUCCUAGCUGUAGAAAUCAUAUCCCUCUCUCUCUAUAUAUACAUACUCUCAGAGGCCUAGCUGCCCCCCAUAGUCAGCAGCCCCCCAAGGCAGCAGAAAACACUGGUGGGGUCCUGAGCAAUGAAAACAAGGUCUGGAUCUCUGGCAGGCUAAACAUAAAGUCUUGACCUAAGUUAUGUUUCAGUUUCUGAGCCCUAAGAUGGAAUGACCCACUGGCUACCCUCCCAUGAGAAUGGACAGAGGGACACCAGAAAAAGAACUCAGAACUAUCUUCAAGACUUGAAGAAAUGAUUAUCCUUACCUCACCGACCAAUCAGCUCCCAGCAUGACCCUGAAACCCCUGCCCAAAACCCCACCCCUGUCUGGUGAUUUUGCCCUAAUCUGUAACCUAUACUCACUCUAUUGAAGGCUGGUUGUUUUUAGAGCCUAAGUUUCCCACCUCCGAUUCAGUUUUGGAGUUUGGCCAAUUCAAUAUGAAACCAUUUUUUUCUUUCUAUACUGCAAGUUUCUGUUCAUGCGUUCCUCUGGGCCAGUGCCUGCAGUCAGGUAGACUCAAGGGAAAACACUGGGUUUCUGGUACAUCACCCUGAGCCAUCCCUGUGUUUCGUCAGGAGCUCUCUCAUAUCAGAUGGCUGCAGAUUAUGAUAGAAGCACAGUCAGGGCCCUGUUCUACCACCCAUCAUGAGUGAUCAUCGCCCCCCUCCCUUCCUGAGUCGCUUGCAGCUGGGGCUGUCAGAGCUUCAGUGGAUGCAGGGCUGAUUACUGCGGCCACUGGAUCUGAUGGUGAGCUGCAAAGUUGUGAACCUGGGCUUAUCUUCAGUUUACGUCACAGGGAUGCUUUGAGCUAAAUGCAACUAACCAUCAUUUUAUGCAGAUUCAGAUUUCAAAUAAUAAAAUAAAUGGAAACAUUCUUUAUAAAGAUGCUUCUCCUUGUCUUUGGUUCACUCACUCUCUUUCCCACUGCCCCCUCUCCCCCAAACAUUUAUUGAGCACUUACCAUGUGCCAGGCAUUAUUCUCAGACGAGCUACGAGAGACAAAAAUCCCUGUCUGACGGAGUUUAUGUCCUGGGGAGAGAGAGACAACAGGGAUAAGCAAUACAGAAGUGUGAGGACAACACAGGAGGUGAGGGACUUAACAUAUUAUAUAUGAAUGCAUUUCAAACUCAAGAUGAUUAAGUGCUUAUAUCUCGCAAUGCUAUCAUCAUUGAUUGGUACCAGCCUCCCAGAAUUCUGUAGUGAGAAGAAUUUCAAGUGUAGUUAAAACCAAGGGUCAAACAUAAUUCAUCAUUGCCUUUCACCCCCUCAACUCCACCUACUGCCCAGAAACCAACUGUGCAGUCCUCUUCCCCUGGACCUGGCUCCAGUUUUGCAGGUUGAUAUGACUAGAGUCUUAACUCAGUGCCUGAAUGGCCGCAGCAAAGAGACCCAUGCUCCAGAGGAGAAAUGAACAUUGUCCUUCUAUUUCAACACAACCUGUGAUGCAAGCACCUGUGGGUGUGUAAGCCAGUCAUUGUUGCUGCUGCCCGUGGCUUCUUGUUUCCCCUUGGCCACGUGCAGGAUUGCACUGCCAGCAACCCUUGCUCUGGAAAGUGGGCCCUUCUUUUAAAGGGUUACCAGGGCACAGAUACAGCUGUUAGAGCAACAGGCACGCAUGUCCCCAGCCACUGGUACACAACAAAUCCCAUAAUAAAUUUUAAUUACAUCACACCUUAAUGUUCAAACUGGCCACUUGAGCCUAGAGUCAAACAACAGUAGCACAAAAACAUUGCAUCACCUUACAGCAGGCUUCUGUUAAUCUGGGGAGAGCGAAGUGGCCAGCAGGAGGAAAGUUUCACUUCAAGGGACAUUAAUGGCAUGGGGGUUCCAGGCCCAUAAAAAGGAGGAUAUCCACCCCUGCUCCCAGUGACUUCUACCAGCAUGGGCAGGAUUGAUAUGUCCAGGAGCCAGUGAUGGUCCACAGUCAGGAGGUAUCUCUAUUACCCGGGUACCCACUUUGCAGUGAAUGAACUACACCCAAGCCCACUGGUUGCCCAUGUCUGGUUCAAGAUCCCACCCUGCCUUUUUCUUUCUCCUGACUUGAUACUAAUAGAAUUUUGAAAUUCAUUCUUGUAACUCAAAAAUUUUGCUAGAAUAUAUCUUGAUAAGAGUGUCUUUUGUUUAAUAUGCCUGAAAUGGGGUGAUUACAUUCAGUCUACAUAUUCACUUCUGAAGAGUGUUCUUCCAAUACAAGAAUGGAUUCCAGUGUGUCCAUUCCAACUGUUCUGGUUACUUUAAGAAACCACAAGUUUUAGAUGGGUUUUCCAGUUUUCGAAACCUUCACAUUUACCUUUUCUUUUUCAACAUUUUAUUUCUAUCUUUCAGGACCAUGCCCAUUCCAAAAUGCCCCUCCCACCAGAAUCAAUCCAUCUACAACAAGUCCUCAAACAACAUCAUUUCAUUCAAUGUCAUUUUGUUAUGUUGAUGAGAGGGAAAAAAAUUGAUUCCCACCUGGGGCCACUGUCAUGUGGAGUUUGUAUGUUGUGCCCAUGUCUGUGCAGGUUUUCUCCAGGGACUCUGUGUUCCUCCCACCUUCCAAAGAUGUGCAUGUUAGGUUAGUGGGUGUGUCUAAACUGUCCCAGUUUGAGUGAGUGUGGCUAUGUGUGUGAGUGACCCCACAGUGGAAAGGUGUCCUGUCCAGGGAGGGUGCCCGCCUUGUGCCCUGAGCUGCUGAAAUAGGCUCUGGCCACCUGUGACCCUGAACUGAAAUCAGUGGAUUGGAAAAGAAUGAUCUUUGUUUUUAUUAAUCUUUCUUAAAUGUAUA